UUACUACGACAUAAUUUCCAUGGAGCGAGGACCUUUAGAGAUUCGUGGUCGUCGAUGUUGUUUAGAGGAGUAAAUCAUACUAAGACAUCUUCAAGCACCCCCACGUAACUUCUAUUCGGGUUCUCCAGUCAGUAAAUAUGGAUCUUUCAUUUAUGGCAGCACAGAUCCCUGUGAUGACAGGUGCCUUCAUGGAUUCCUCACCCAACGACGACUACAGCACGGAGCACUCCCUCUUUAACUCCUCGGCCAGCGUUCACGUGGCGACGGCAUCUGCCUCCUCUGCCCAGGCCCCGCCUGACGACCAGCAGCAGAUGUCCUGCGACGCCAUCUGGCUCUGGAUCGCCAUCGUGGCCACCAUCGGCAACAUCGUUGUGGUCGGGGUGGUCUACGCCUUCACUUUCUGAACACCCCCCCCACCCCCCCCACCCCCACCCCCCUGACCCUGAGAGCAUACGUGACAGCGACCACACAGGGGAUGUGCUAUAAAACUUUACAGCACCACCAAGUUCCCUGGUGGUCCAGUGCCGUGACUCUGUCUUGGAUCUAUGGAGAUACCGAGACCCUAAUAACCAUCUGGCUCCCGCAGAUCUUCACUGCCAUGCGAGUUUAGCUGGAAGGACUCCCCCCUACCCUCGACUCAAAUCGUGUGUGCACACUUUCACUAGAGCGGAGUGUGGGGCUUAAAAGAGGAUUAUGAUGUAGUUAGUGAAUUGGACCUACUUAAUCGCCCCCCAGAUAGAUGAGAGGCAAUUAAGGAAAGUGCAGCUUAAUUAUUUGGAUGAAGGGACCAUGAAUCUUGAAAUGUUCCAAGUGAAUCGGGUCAUUACUGUUGCAUUGCUCUGCACUUGGCAAACUUAUUACAUAAUAAAUAACUUGUAAAUUUAACUGCCGGAGGUGGGUGACUUGAAACAACAGUGCUGCCGCUGUGGUGGGUGGCGCUUUUUGCAUGAGCCCUGUUGUUCUUUCUUUAAUGAGGGUUCGAUCUGAGAACUCCAUGGAGUGCAUUAAGCCCCAGCUCCCGUUCCUUGUUCAGCCACACGACCAACACGGAAGUGCAGCUUCCUAGGCCAUCCCCAAACAUGUACUAUAAUGCUCUCCUGAUGUUCCUUUGUCACAGGCUAUUAAACUAUCAGCGCUGAAUGGACUUGGGACUACAACAACAGAAAACUGCAGUCAUAAUUGUCUUGUCACUGUAUGCAAAUAGUAAUGAAAUAUUUUAUAUGAUAAAGAAACAUUCCUCCUCAUGAUAGAGGUUCUGUGGCAGCUGUUGCCAUAGUGAUUUUACCUAAUAUGGCACUUUAAUAGUAGGCUAUUUCUUCAAAAACAGACAGGGCUCACUCACUGUGGGUGUUAUUUUGAUCGAAAUCAAUAUGGGUAGCCAGUCAUACUUUAGUCAGUUCAGAAAGAUGGCAAAAAAAUAAAUAUUUUGGAAAAUGGUAACACAUCUCUUCAGAUUAAGUCAGUUAUUGCAUCUAUUUACAAGGUUAGACCUAAGUAAGAGCUUGAAACAUUUCAGUCUAUGUUAGUACGACACAACUGCUUCCCAAAAAGAUAGUUUGAACUAUGGUGGUGCAACUUAGACCUGCAUAGUCCGAUGCAUCGUUAAGCUACACAAGUGUUUCCCAAAACCAUAGUUCCAAUGAAUGUUCGCAUACACUGUUGCAUACAAGUUAUGUAGUUACAACUACACCUCUCAACGUGUGGUAGACCGAUGAGUAGGAGCAUAGUUCUGGGGAUCUUAAUGUCAAAGACUUCACUAACAUCAAAGGUUUAUGGUUGAUAUUUACACAUUUAACCACCAUACAUCCAUAUUUUUAAAAUGUCUUUUAGGCAGAAAAUGCAUAAUUUAAAAGUCGAUAUGCAGCAACGUGCACACUAGUCAGUCACACACCUGCAGAUAAUAAUACAAGGUGCGCACUUGGUCAGUCAGUUGAGAAUAUGUAGCUUUUGAUUUGAACAUUUUCAUAGAGUGGGAGGAUAAUAUGCUCUGCACAAUAGAUAGACUUAUACAUUAACAAUUGUGAGAAUAUUGUAGUCAAAAUCCCAACCCAGAUUCGAACUCUUGGACAGGUGACUGUCAAUUGCUGCACACCGCAGGCUAUCACCAGCCAGCCUUAACGCACUGCGCCACAGAACUGAUGGCGUUGAUGAGUGAAUAGGGGGUAAAUAAUAGUACACAAGAGUACACAACUGUUUCACCAGCACAUUUGAAUGACAUAUGUUUAAAAGUUAAUUCAAAGCAUUCGUUAAGUUACAAGGUCAGUCAUUUUGAACCAAUUAAUUAACUUGAUGACACUGAAUAAAGAAAAACAGAGAUGAUUCACGGAUUAAACUAAGGUAGUCCAUCAUUAAUUCUCUGUUAUUUGCAGGUGUGCCAGUCCACGUUACUAUACGUCAUUAACCACCUUAGUCCAGACUACUGAAGUUUGGAAACUAUCAUGGUCCAAACUUACAAAGUACUAUGUAAGUAUGAUGGUUUUGGGAAACAGUUGUAACAUAGAUGUUGGUUAGUUGAGCGAUGCAUCGUACCAUGUUAUUAAAAAGGCUGGUUAUGUAAGUAAGUAAGUAAACUAUAUGAUCAUGUGUGAUGGCGGAAUGAACAUGGACUUAUAGUCCAACACCAAUAGCUGGAUGGUGCUGGUUAUUAGAAAUGGCCACAAACAAAUGACCAGAUGUUACAUUUUCACCAUUAAGCUAAUUAAAUGACUUGACGUAACACAGAGAAUCUACUUUACAAUAUCUUUGUUGUUUCCUGCUAUUUCCACUUUUAAUAACUGGCUAAAAUGUUUGUCAUGCAAAAUUAUCCUACUUUCAUAUUUCAAUAUGUGGCUGUGUAAUCAGUGCCAACUCAAAGGGUAGCUCUUAGUGCCAGCUAAGCGUACUGUAUAUGAAUGAUUCAGUCAUACACUCAAAUAGGGUCUUUGAAAGACCAGUUUUUAUUUUUCAUUUGAAAAAGAGUCUAAUGCCUGUAUUUGUGCUAUAUUAUGACACACGCAUACAAGAAUAAACUGUUUUGUAAUAAGACACUAUUAAGAUUCAUUGAUGAUUGCAG